AUGGUAACGCAUAAUAGUAAAACUUGUUCUUUUAGAUCCAGCGUGACACUGAGUCCUCCGUCCUUCCACGCUAAGAAGGGUCAACUGGUGACCCUGACUCAGACUUACAAGACUGCUACACGGAACCAUGCAACUCAGGAGUUUAACCAUGGUCUGGUUCUCUCCUCAUUUCCUCUUCAAGACAAUCAGAUUUUUGAGGUUAAAAUUGACAAGAAGAUAAACUCUUGGAGUGGGUCUAUUGAAGUCGGCGUGACAUGCUGCGAUCCAAAUACAAUAGAAACACCUUUCCCAUCCAGUGCAACUGAACUGCGAGAAGGAACGUGGAUUAUGUCCGGGAACUCGGUCUUAAAGGACGGGAGGUCCAUCAACGAGAACUACGGGACAGACCUUGACAAGUUAGAGGAGGGGGAUAGAGUUGGAGUACUGAGAACAGGCCUCGGAGACCUGAUAUUCUUUGUAAAUGGAGUCUCGCAAGGAAUUGCCGCCUCAAAUCUUCCUUCUAGAGUGUUUGCUGUGGUUGAUAUGUACGGUAAAUGCGCUCAGGUCACUAUUAUGGACAACACAGUCCAGGAAGCAAGGAUUCAUACCAACGAUCUCAACAACGUUGCAACAGCCGCUGCUGCAGCUUCCAUACAUCUCAAUACCAUCACAUCAAACAACAGCCACAACAAUAUCACCAAUGCAAAUAUACAGGCUGCAACUGCAGCGGCUAGUGCAGCUGUGGCCGCUGCAACAAGCUCAGGAAUAGCAGCAGCCUCCACUUCAGGACUUAUCAGAGAGAACUCCGUAGGAAACAAUAUAAACGGUUUGAACAGGAUUAGAUUUCAUGAACGUAAUGGAUCCCUCAUUAAACUUGGAAACAACAAUAGAACGGCCGAAAGAAAACGUCCUUUUGAUGAGUUCAACAAUGGUGUUGUUAUGACUCACAGGGCUUUGCGAGAUAAUGAAAUGUUUGAGAUUCGUUUGGAUCGUCUUGUAGAUAAAUGGAGUGGAAGUAUUGAGGUUGGAGUUACAAUACACAAUCCAGGUCAGCUUGAUUUCCCAGCCACUAUGACCAACUUGAGAAACGGGACCACAAUGAUGUCAGGAUGUGGGAUUUUAACUAAUGGGAAAGGAACAAGACGUGAAUAUGGUCAGUUUAACCUGGACGAGCUGGCAGAAGGGGAUAGGAUUGGGAUGAUGCGAAAAUCGAACGGAAACCUGCAUUAUUUUAUAAACGGUCUGGAUCAGGGUGUAGCAGCUAGCAGGGUCGCAGAACAGGUUUGGGGAGUAGUAGAUCUUUACGGAAUGGCCGUCAAAGUUACUAUUGUCGAUCGGGAUGAGAGAGAUGAACAGAAUUUAAUCACAAGACGAAAUCUUGCCCUCAGACCUAAUCCUGAACCUUUGGAUCUACAACCCUCUGAUAAAUUAAUGUUCCACUCUGCCUGUGGCUCCCAUGCCGCUGUUAUCAACUCAGGAAUCACCUCGCAUCGUCCAAAUGCUGCGGAUGAUUUUAACUUCGGCGUGGUUCUUACAAACCGGUUUCUAAAGCCCAAUGAAGUGUUUGAAGUUCGCCUGGAUAAAAUGGUUUCUAAAUGGGCAGGAUCUAUUGAAAUUGGUGUUACAACACAUUCUCCUACUGAUCUAGAUUUUCCAAGUACAAUGACAAAUAUAAGAUCUGGAACUUGGAUGAUGACUGGAAACGGAGUGAUGCACAAUGGGACCACCACAAUAGACGACUAUGGUCAAAAUUUAGAUAAACUGAAGGUUGGUGACAGGGUAGCAGUUGUAAGAAAGGAUUCAGGAGUUCUCCACUUCUUCGUGAACGGCGAAGAUCAAGGCGUUGCAGCUUCUAAUGUUCCGGAGAGGGUCUAUGGUGUUAUUGAUCUGUAUGGACAGGCGGCUCAGGCGACCAUCAUUGAUGUAACAGAUUACAGAAGCCCGGAUGGACUAGAUUCGACUGUUACUAGUGGAACUCUAUACAGUCAUAUUGAUUCUCUACAGGAUCUGAGAUUUCAUCAUCUUCAUGGACGGAAUGCUAGGAUAUCAAACUCAGGGCUAACUGCCUCAAGGCAAAAUGCUCUCAGCGAGUUUAACGACUCUAUUGUGAUGUCGAAUCGUCCUCUACGAGAAGGCGAGAUGUUUGAGAUUCAAGUUGAACGGAUGGUUGACAGAUGGAGUGGGAGUAUAGAGGCUGGAGUUACGUUAAUAAAACCAGAAGAACUUGAGUUUCCAAAUACAAUGACAGAUAUUGAUUAUGAUACAUGGAUGCUGAGUGGUUCAGCUGUUAUGAAGGAUGGUAACACAGUAAAGAACAAUUAUGGAUGUGAUCUGGAUUCUCUAAAUAUAGGAUACAGAUUAGGGAUGCUUAGAACUGCUGAAGGCGCCCUUCACUAUUAUAUAAACGGAGAGGACCAAGGUGUAGCUAUUGAUGGAGUUCCCCAGGGAGUUUACGCUGUUAUUGAUCUCUACGGUAUUUGUGCUCAGGUAUCUGUUAACCGGCCUGGAAACCGAACACUACCUGCUGAGAACUCGUUAGCCAGCAGUCAGGUGAUGGAGUCCAGUCAAAUUAGCUUUCCCAUUGGUUCAGAGAAUACACACAGGUUCUGUUCUGCAACUGGGAAAAGUAUUGAAAUAACAGGCUCCUGUCUCACUGCCAAUAGGAAAGCAGGUCCUGAGUUUUCAUUACUAUUCUCUGCUCAACCUCUAGAUACAGAGGAUAUAUUCGAGGUUAGAUUAGACUCUACAGAUUCAAGAUGGGCGGGAUCUCUCAGAUUAGGUCUUACAACACUUGACAUCGCAGAUGGAGAUAGUAACAAAGUCCCCUGCGAUUUGACCAGCCUGGAACAGGUUAUCUACUUGGACGGUUCAACUGUCUACAGGAACAACCAGAUCAUCAAGCUCAACUACGGCCCUUGUCUUGACAGGCUAAUGAUAGGUGACAGGGUUGGUGUAAAAAGGACUCUAGAUGGAACUCUUAGGUAUAUAAUAAACGGCGAGGAUUACGGUCAAGCAGCUUCAAACAUUCCGGUCAACUCUAGAGUUGUAGUAGAACUUUCCGGUCAAACCACUCAGGUGACAGUGACGUCAGUUUGUCGAGGAAAUAUAUCUCCUGUCGACGAAUCUCAAAACAUCCACGACUCAUUGGAGAAUAUAUUAGAGGAAAAAGAAAUCUCAACAAGUCGACUAGAAUUUCAUGAAAACAGGGGCAGAAAUAUCUGUUUAUCACAUAGCAGCACUGUGGGGAGAAGAGCAGAAAGUUACAAUCAAGGUGUUGUUGUCUCUCUCCGUCCUUUACCUGAGGAUACACUGUUCCAAAUAAGUUUAACAAAACUUAAUACAAAGUGGUCUUCAUCUAUUUCUGUAGGAGUUAUAGGGAAUCCUCCUGAGAGAAUUCAUUUACCAGUUUCCCUUCUCCAUCUCAAGAAAGAUGCUUGGAUUGUAUCAGGGGAUAAAGUAUAUCAUAACAGCAAUGUUGUUCAAAACCGGUACGGGACAAACCUGGAUACUCUACUAGUAAACCACAGUGUUGGUGUACUGGUGGAUAAAAACCGGAAUCUUCAUGUUUAUAUCAACGGGGUUGAUCAGGGAGUAGCAGUAGAUAAUAUCCCACCUCAGUGCUGGGCAGUGUUUGAUUUGUACGGGAUGUGCGAGGAGGUUGCAAUUAUUGGUAGUGAAGGACACAGUGCACUCAUUGCUGAGAACCUUGAGCUCAGGGAAUAUGUAACAAAGGAGAAGUGGAUUGAAGAGGAUGAGGAUGUCAUGAAGUCCAGUAUCAAGGUGAACAAGGACGUGAAGAACUCGAUGACUAGUUCUCAAAUGUUCCCCCACAUGUUGACUAAGAUAGAACUGCUUACGAUCAACUCAAGAAGAAGUUGCGAAUACAGAAAUCUCUGUUCUAACUUUAAAAACUCUCUUGGAAUACCUGCGGUGUUUUUCGAAAAGGUCGGACAAGCAAUUUGUUUCUGUGAAACUUGUCAUAAACUGCGCGGAUGUUCUUCAAUCUCAACAGCAGGCAACCCUCCGAAAAACUUUACACUUCCCAUCCAUUGGGUCAUUUUUCCUCUCAAGCUCAGGGACGACUGUUUGGCCAGGGAGGAGGAGGGAGAGACAGAGAAGGAAGGGAGAGAGUCCUGGCACUUGGCUUUUCAUGGAACUAAGACAGCACAUGUUAGGCCAAUGCUUGAUGCUGGCAAGCUUUUAACUCCGGAUGAACUGGGAUUAGAGAGAACUUUGGAAAAAUCUAAGUCCAAGCAGGAUGACAGUGAUGCUCCCCUACUGUACUUCUCUCCUGACAUCAGCGAGGCAACUGUUGGGGUGUACUGCAAGGGGAUGUUUGUGGACCGGAAAUCAAGAAAAGAAUACAUGGCUAAGACAGCCCUUCUCUUGGAAGUAGAACCUGGGUCAUAUAAAGUUGGUGGAAAGGAUGAAGGUGAGAAUGAGAGUAUUUGGGUGACCAAGGAGCGAGGGAACACCAUCAUUACUGGACUCCUUGUUUCUCUAGAUAUGGCAGGGUAGACACUGCAGUUGUUCUUAAAUUUACAAAAUAAUUCAUGAAAUAUUGCCUUUUUCCCCCUAAAUUGUAAUCAUUAGAAUAUUUUUACAUGCAUUAUAAUAGGUAUUGCCAAUAUUAACUAUUUUUGCUUUUUUUCCCUCUAAACAUUGUUCUCUCACCUUGUAAUUUCAGGCACAGCAGUGUGAUUCUCAAUAGUUAACAUAAAAAAUCAUAAUUACCAGAUUCAAUAUUUAAUUAAUUUCCCUAUCCUUCUCACUCCUCAGCAAUAUGGCUUGAACUUAAAAUGUCAUCAAAA